AUGAAUGCUCCCACAAAUGUGUACGCAUCGGAUCGGUUUCUCGUUGGUAAAGCCUUGUUGUACUUCACCUCUAUCUUUGUUAGUCUUGGGGUCUUUAUCUUCGGAUUCGACCAAGGCCUUAUGAGUGGCCUCAUCACCAACCAUUACUUUCAGGCGUACUUCCACAACCCCAGUGCCGCUGAAAUUGGGACCAUGGUAGCUAUCUUGGAGAUCGGUGCGUUACUCUCCUCUCUACUGGUGGGCUGGAUCGGGGAUCACAUUGGCAGGAAACGAACUAUCAGAUACGGCGCUUUCAUCUUCAUCAUCGGGGGUGCUUUCCAGACAGGUUCGCGCAAUAUUAUAGAGCUCUCGGCCGGAAGAUUUAUCAGUGGGUUGGGGAUCGGGUUGUUAUCUGCUAUAGUUCCCGUCUACCAGUCCGAGAUUUCUCCGCCCGACAACAGAGGCCAGCUUGCAUGCAUGGAGUUUACCGGGAAUAUCAUCGGAUACUCCUCUUCCAUCUGGCUAGACUACAUCUGUUCCUACAUGGAAAGCCACAAGUCUUGGAGAGUUCCCUUGGGAGUGCAAGUGGUUAUGGGAAGCAUCCUCUUUUUGGGAUCGUUUGCACUCGUAGAAACGCCUCGGUGGUUGCUUGAUAAUGACCACGAUACUGAAGGAAUCAUGGUUAUAGCCGACCUUUACAGCAGUGGUGAUAUCCAUCACCCAAAAGCGCAGACAGAGUUUACCGCCAUCAAAGAAAGCGUCUUGAUCAGCAGGUUGGAGGGCGAGAGAUCGUACGCAUUUAUGUUCAAGCGUUACAAAAAGAGGGUUGUGAUCGCCAUGGCAUCCCAGAUGUUUGCGCAAUUAAACGGUAUUAAUAUCAUCUCUUACUACGCCCCGCUAGUCUUUGAACAGGCUGGUUGGGUGGGUAGGGAUGCCAUUCUCAUGACGGGACUCAAUUCUAUCAUCUACGUCUUGAGUACCCUUCCACCGUGGUACUUGGUUGAUGCCUGGGGGAGAAGAAAACUAUUGUUGUAUGGGGCUAUUGCCAUGGGUAUACCGUUGCUAUCGAUUGCCUAUGUGUUGUACCUAAACAUCCCACUGACCCCUCUUCUUGUGGUUAUUCUUGUGGUUAUUUAUAACGCCGCGUUUGGGUGCUCAUGGGGACCGUUACCAUGGCUUUACCCACCAGAGAUUCUUCCUUUGUCGAUCAGGUCCAAGGGAACCUCUCUCUCUACUGCUUCAAACUGGAUUUUCAACUGGCUUGUUGGGGAAAUGACGCCGAUUUUACAAGAGUCGAUUCGCUGGAAGAUGUAUCUCAUCCCCGCCGCCUCCUGUUUCCUUUCGCUUGGGGUAGUGUAUGUGAUGUUCCCAGAGACCAAAGGUUUGCAGUUAGAGGAUAUGGAUUCAGCGUUUGACGACUCGUCAUCGAUCUUUAGCUUUCACUCGUCGCACCACAGCGCACGGGACACCCCCAAUGAUGCCACAUUGACGUCUGGGCGACCAGGAGCUCCUCGGAUGGAAUCCAAUUCUCAAUUGGGCGAAAAUAGCCGGGGAAUCACCUCCCUCAGAGAUGUCGUAACGCCUGACGGGGGUCCGCAGGUCCAGCCCCCGACCCUCGAUGAAAUCCUUGCCUAUAAAGCAAAACAGAAACAAGGCGGGACUUCAAUUAGGAGCUUCUUAAGCGGUAGCCACCGCCAAAAAGGAACUGGUGAAAGUGAGAGCUUACUUGGGUAG